GGAAGUUUUUCGAGCGGACGUGAGCUAGGCAGCUAGGUCACAUUGGUACGGUUUUGUAAGGUUUGAAAACAUGGCCACAAUGGAAGCAGCUAACGCAGAGGAGGCCCCUUUGAGACAUGUGGAGAAAGAUGUCCUCAUCCCUAAGCUAAUGAGGGAGAAAGCCAAAGAGCGUUGUGCCGAGAAAGUUGAAGCCUUCAACCACUGCUGUAAAGAAUCUGGUUUCUUCAUGGUGUUUAAGUGUCAAGAGGAGAACGCAGCACUGAAGGAAUGUCUGACAGCACAUUACAACGACCCAGUUUUCUAUGAGCAGUGCAAGCAGGAGUACAUUCAGGAGAAACUGGAGUUUGAGAGGACGGGGAUUCCAUCAAAGAACAGGAAACAGAAACUCCCAACAAGCAUGUAAAGGACAGCAUUGUGCUCAAUGAGGACUGUCCUUAUUUCAAGCUGAAGGAGCAGAUAGUGAAGCUCUGGACAGAACCACCGUCAAAUCCACAAAGGAAACACAUGGAAGAGAUGAAUACUAAAAAUGUUAUGAGCUUGUGCAUUUUAUUUAAAUCUGAAACAUUUUGACUAAUUGUAUGCAAGAGUGGUAUAUAAUCUAAAAUAAUGCCUAUUUUUAUGAUCUGUAUAUUUGCAAAUGUUCUCUACCAGAUAACUAGAAUUUUCUCUAUCACAGUAUUUGAUUAUGCUGCAUUUAUUAUGAAUAUACCAAACAUGCCAUUGAUUGCUGUCAUCAGGUUAUAGGCAACUCCUGCCCCAGAACCUUGACCUAAAAGACUUUCAGCUGCUGAGGUGAGCCGUAAGAAUUUUGGUUAUGGUUGAAAUAUACUGAACAUAAUUCAGUGCACUUUGCAGUGCAUCCAGUGAGAGCAUUGAUGACAGCAAAGUCUUGCUUCUUCCUUUUUUCUGCAGAAAACAGGGCACUUAUAAAUAAAAUAAUACAUGGACUAUUGAACAAUGUAUAUAAGAGAAAUCUGUCAUCUAAUUUAGCAUUGAACCGUCUGUGUUCAUGUGAAACAUGCAGUGAAAUGUGACUUUGUAAAUAAAAGAUACUCUGUAGCAAAAGA